AUGAAAAUAAGAUGGGUCUGCUCAAGAUGGCCUGGGUCUGCCCAUGACUCGCGCGUGUUCAAGACCUCCGCGAUAUAUGGGCAGCUCCAGAGAAGGCAGUUGAGGGGAGUCCUAUUGGGGGACUCUGCGUAUGCGUCAGAAACAUUCCUACUCAAGCCCGACGUCAACAACCCCACGGAACGAGGCAAGAGGCGCCGCUAUAUAGAAGCAUUAGCUCGGCGCGCACUUCGGCGUCGAGCAGGCCUUUGGAGUGCUGAAGCGGCAGUUUUCACAUACUACAUGGGGAAUGCAGCGAUAAACGCAAGGGAGCCGCCGGAUUAUGACGACUACCUCGGCGAAGACAGGCAGGAUGGCGAGGUUCCGUCCGAACCUACAGACGAACCUCCUGAUCGAUUGGCAUACUCUUUUAUGCAAGAAGUAAUCAGGAAGUAUUUCUGA